UACGUUCCCCCUGGCGUCAACACGCACCAAGCGUGUUAGUGUAUUUGUCCACAAAUAUACUCAUUUCCGGUAAGAGUUUCUGAAGCGGAAAACAGAUUUCCAUCCAAACAUUUUAUGCAUUAAAUGGAACAAGACAGAUGCCAAACUCUUGAACGCGCCAAUGUUGAGUUUAAAAAACGGAAUUUUAAGCAGGCAGAAGAACUAUAUACAAAGUUCCUCGCAUCAUGCUGGAAAACAAGAAAUUGUGAUGCCAGUGACCUUGCUACUGCUCACAACAACCGUGGGCAGAUAAAGUACUUCAGGGUGGAUUUUCGUGAGGCAAUGGAGGACUACACUUCUGCAAUUGAGGCCAAUUGCCAGUUUGAAGUAUCAUUCUACAACCGAGGACUAAUACAUUAUAGAUUAGGUUUUUUCCAAGAUGCAGAGAUGGACUUCAAGAGGGCUCUAGAACUCAACCCCAACUUUGAAGAUGCCAAAGUGAGCUUACAACAAACACUAUUGGACCAAGAGCACAAGAUCAAUAGGGGAUAUUGAGAAUGUAUUAGGUUUUCCCCUUAGCUACACUCUAAUGACAAGAAAUCUCAACAAAGUAAUUGCCAGUAUGUCUUCAAUUUGAAUUGGCACAAAAAUGUGUCCAUGUAUGAUGUUGCAUAUGUUUUUUGGGAUAAGAUCAAUUAUUAGAUUAUGGUAGAUAUAAAGUGUAGAUUCACAACAUACCCAUUCUUAUCAAAGAAUUUACCUCCAGUGUUUGACAACCAUGAACAACCUCUGUUGCCCUCAUACUAAUUAAGAUGAUAAUGCUGUAAUGUAUACAGCACAUGUUUUUUUUUAACCUUUGGAUGGUGUACAAUUUUUCUGUUAUUCACCCAAUGUUCGUGGGUCUGAUGGACCCACAACAUUAUUGGGUCUUUAAAAUGAUACAGCAUAACAAUUUAUGUAAAAAAUACUUACUGUAGAUGUUGACAAAUUGCAAGCAAUAUAGACUGCAUACAUGGUUAAUAUAUGCCAUUUACCGCUGCUAGAUCACAUUUACCAAUAAAAGCACUAUUUAAAAAAAUAUA